AUGCAUCUAUCCAUCGAGUUCAAAUCAAGGGCCUAUCUAUGGUCUUCUCAGCAAGGGUCUAUUCCUAGUGUUCUCAUCAUAGGUGUUGUGUUCUCAGCAUGCAUCUAUCCAUCGAGUUCAAAUCAAGGGCCUAUCUAUGGUCUUCUCAGCAAGGAAUGCGUUUAUCCACCUAGUUCACAUCAAGGGUCUAUCUAUGGUCUUCUCAGCAAGAAUCUAUUCUUAGUGUUCACAUCAUGGGUCUUGUGUUCUCAGCAUGCCUCUAUCCAUCGAGUUUACAUGAACGGCCUAUCUACGCAAGGAUCUAUUCAUAGUGUUCUCAUCAUGGGUCUUGUGUUCUUAGAAUGCGUUUAUCCAUCGAGUUCACAUCAAGGGUCUAUCUAUGGUCUUCUCAGGAAGGGUCUAUUCCUACAUGCGUCUGUCCAUCGAGUUCACAUCAAGGUCCUAUCUCUAGUCUUCUCAGCAAGGAUCUAUUCUUACUGUUCUCAUCAUGGGUCUUUUGUCCUCACUAUGCGUCUAUCCAUCGAGUUCACAUCAAGGGCCUAUCUAUGGUCUUCUCAACAAGGCAUGCGUCUAUCCAUCGAGUUCACAUCAAGGGCCUAUCUAUGGUCUUCUCAGCAAGGGCCUAUUCUUAGUGUUCUCAUCAUGUGUUCUCAGCAUGCGUCUAUCCAUCGAGUUCAUAUGAACGGCCUAUCUACGCAUGCGUCUAUCCAUCGAGUUCACAUCAAAGGCCUAUCUAUGGUCUUCUCAGCAAGGGUCUAUUCUUCUUGUUCUUUCGGCACCUCGAGGCGAUAUAAUGUGUUUUCCAAUCUAUCUAUCUAUCUAUCUAUCUAUCUAUCUAUCUAUCUAUCUAUCUAUCUAUCUAUUCAAAGUUCCUAA